AACAUUGUCGAAGUUGUAUAUGCUCCUUGUAUUAUGUAUACGUAUUAUCAGAAAAUUAUAGUCCCUUUAUUCAAUGUACUCUGUGAUUAUAGUGUUGUUUGUGUCCUCCUUGGCUGGUAACAUUGAACUGUCAUUGAAUAUUGAUUGUUUUCUAUGUAGAAGUCAAAUACAUCAAAAAUUUAAUUUUCCUCACACUGAUAUAUUCAUGUAAUUUAUUAAUAUAAAGCGUAAAAAAUGUGGCGCCCUACUUUUACUAUCUUGCGUAAAGUUGUUUUUCCUUCGAUUAAAGAUAAUACAACAUUGGCUAAAUUAUUUUACUCGACAAAAAGCCGCCUGCCCCGGUCAACCGCAAAAUUAACCCUAAUAAGUGCUAGUGUCGGUGUUUUGGUCGGAGCUGGCUAUGGAGGAUAUACACAUUAUAAAAUUAAUAUGAAGAAGCCCUCUACCUCAGUUGAGUACGAGGAAUAUGCGUUUUUAAAGGAGGCUCCAAAAUACGAAGCUCACUGCAAGAUAAUUAAUGAUUCUGAUACCAGCAACUUACAGCUAGUACUAUUCCAGUACCAAACUUGCCCAUUUUGUUGUAAAGUCCGUGCUUAUCUUGAUGCACGUGGUAUCAGCUAUGAGAUAGUUGAGGUUGACGCAGUUCUACGUCAAGCAAUAAGGUGGUCUGAAUACAAGAAAGUACCAAUCCUGCUAGCCAAAGUAGAUGGUGGAUAUCAGCAACUACUUGACAGCACAGCUAUUAUAUCUGUAUUGGAAACAUACUUGAGAGAUAAUUCAUAUCAGUUGCAAGAUUUAAUUAAAUUCUAUCCAAUUACCCACUUUGUGAAUGACACUGGGAAAGCUACGAGUGAUGUGACUAAUAAAUAUUUCAUUAUGCACAAUAGUGUUGUGCCUGAUGAGAAACAACGUAUAAUUGAGGCCGAGGAACGUGAAUGGCGUCAAUGGGCAGAUCAGGUUCUUGUGCAUACCCUCUCUCCAAAUGUUUACAGAACGGCGAGUGAGUCUUUAGAAACAUUCAAGUGGUUUGAAGAAGCUGGGGGCUGGAAGCGUACAUUCCCUGGUUGGGAAUGUGCUGUGAUGGUUUAUGUAGGUGCUGCGGCCAUGUGGGUUAUAGCUAAGAGAUUGAAGAAGAGACACAACAUAAAAGACGAUGUCCGUCAGUCUUUGUACGAUGCAGCCAAUGACUGGAUGAAUGUAAUCCAAAAGAAAGGAACAAUAUUUCUCGGCGGCAAGAAACCAAACUUAGCCGAUAUUUCAGUGUACGGAAUUCUGAGUAGCAUUGAAGGUUGCCAGGCGUUCCAAGAUUUGAGGGAUAAUACAGAUAUUGGCAAAUGGUUUGAUAACAUGAAGGCUAGUAUGAACAGAAGCCGUGGAAAAUUAAUGACCGCGUAACAUUCAUUUAUAAAAAAUGUAUUUCUGAUAAAGUUGUCUUUAUAUCCAUGUUAUACGUUCCUGCAUGUAUAGAUUUGAGUUGAAAAUAUUCAUAUUAAUAUAAAGGGAAAUAAUUUAAGUUUUGGUCGUUUGUUUUAUAACGCUAAUUUUAAACGAGAAAUAUAGCGUUUUAUAUUCAAACACAAGUAAAAAGGGCUGUUCAGGAAACCACAAAGAUGUUAUCAAAGUUUUUAAUCAUUAUUAAGUAUUUUUACCGUAGAUUAUAAUGUUUAUUGUUUAGACCGUCUAUAAAGAAGUAUUAAAUAAUUAUUGUUAUAUGGCUGAAUAAUAAAAAAAGGCAAUUUAUUGUUAAGACCAUCUUAUAUUAAGUAACUUUAUUGUAUGGACGAAACGUCAAAAACACGUGAAAUAAAAUGUAAGGUACCCUCAACUUUGUACAAGGUAUUGGGUAUUGUGGAGUAAGAUUAGUAAAUAUUUUUUUAAGGCUCGCGUAAUUUAACCCGCGCUGAAGUCAAAAUACGUUGCAACAUAUAUUGUUAUUAUAAUUUUGUCUAUGUUUGCAAUAUUGUAGGAACCUAAUUGUAAUUUUAUGCGAAUGAUAUUUAUCGUAUGGAUUAGUUGUUCAGAUUAUAGCGAAUGUUUAUUGGUUUUAAAAUAUGUACUUGCCUACUACGACGUUAUGUGUUUAUCCUUUGAAUAGCAGCAAUACAUUUAUUUGGUAAUUUAUUAAGAUCCCAUAUACUAUAAUAUUUCCUUCUAUAUUCUGA